AAUAGAUGUAUAUUCGGCUUAAUAUUUUGAUACAAAAUAUUUUGGAUCAUUCCUUUCCCUUUCUAAGAUUAGCCUCUGUCUGUUGCAAUUUGCAUUGCAUUGUAAAUGUGAAAAAUAUAGUCUUAUUUUUUCAUUAUCACUACGAUAAUACGAUAUGAAAGCAAAUCUUAACAAUAAGAAUAUUGUUGUUAGUGCAGUUAAAAUAAUAUACGAUAUUCCUGAUUAAUAACACUAAAAUAGAAACCUGUAAACUUGACCAAGAAUGGCACCGAAAAAGAAAACUGAAAGUUCAUCAUUUUUACUAAAAAUUCCAACAGAAAAAAUUUCGAAAGCUAAACCAUUCAAACCACAGAACAAGCUGAAAGUAAAAUUUCAGAGUAAAAAUGUUAAAAAUGCCAUUGGUGGGAAGAAGAAAACCUUGGACCCAAAAAGUCCUGCAGAAGUUGAAAUGAAAGACAUGCUGACCCUUAACCCACAGAAUGACAUGAAGAUAGACAGAAUGAAUGAAGUGGCUCGUGCACAAUUAGUCAAAGAAUGCCCUGUGGCAGUCACUGAAAGCGCCCCAGCCCCCGUGGCUAAGAAAAGAGGCAGGAAAAAGAAGAUACCGGAACCAGAAACGGCCGAGGUCGUUCCUAAGAAAAAACCCAAGUUGCCCACAAAGGCUAAAGUUCCAACCAAAAAUAUGACUAAGAAGGUGGCCAAAAGAAAGGCGCCAAAAGAAACGGCUGAGGUCGUUCCUAAGAAACGGCCCAAGUUGCCCACAAAGGCUAAAGUUCCUAAAAAAACGACUAAGAAGGUGGCAAAAACAAAGACGCCAAAAGUUGCAGCUCCAAAGCGAAAGGCUGUCUCAAAAAUUUCACCCUCCAUAAGUCCGCCUCCAAAAAGACAAAGAUGCCGACAGCGGAAGCCAGGUAAGCCUGCGGAAGACGACUGCACCAUAACCUCCCCUUCUAUCUUGAGCUACUGUCAAACAGAAGUCAAAACACCUGUCAAGGACACACAGAAAACGAUCGCUAAAUCCCCUGUGGUCCCCAACGCCGCAGAAAACAAUAACGAGUCCAGAAGAACAUCUAUCACAAGUGCACCUGCGUCGGAAUUAUCUUGGACCAAAGAUUUAUCUGAAUCCAGUACCACAACUUGCAUCACCGUCACCUCCAACGACUUCGUGCGUAUAGACGGAAAACUGCCCGAACUAAAAUUAACUAAGCUAAAGAAAUGCCAAAUACGACCAAACAACUCGGAAGAAGGCAUCACCCAGGUGGAACCGGAGCGUUCCUCUUCAAAAGACAGCAACUUCAGCUCUUUUAAAUCGUCUUCUAAUCUAAAAAAUAGCCUAAUAGAAGAUAAAUCGGAAGAACCCCUCACCGAGAAGAUAGAACCAGAGCAUUCCCUUUCAGAAGACAGCAGCAGCAGCAGCAGCAGCUCUUCUAGUUCGUCUUCUAGUUCCUCCCAAAGCGAUAAAUCUGCGAUAGAAAACGGCUUAAAUUUAAGCACAUCUUCAAUUACUGCUCCUCCGUACAGCCCGACUUAUACACCACGCAAUCAAAGCUUCGAUAAAACUAAGCAGGACGAAGUCACUUCAAUACUAGAAAUACUUGCACCCAAAUUGAAAACUUUGGACUUGGACUUUCCUGGUAUCGACGAUGACGACGAAGAUUACGACAUGAGUCCCUUCGAGGAGAAGGUUUCCAAAUAUUUCGAUGAGGAGUAUAAUACUAUAUUAGAGUGUAGUUUUCUAAACAGAAUUUUAUCGGAGAGCUAUCUGCCAAAUACUACUGCUCCCGAAAUCGAACAGAAACAUAGCGAAGAACCAGACUUUGCUAUGUCUAACCAUACUGCGAUCUCCGACAAAAGUGUUUGUGAUAAUUUUAAUAAUACACCAAGCAGUAUUACGCGGCGACGGGUCUCUGACGAUUCUGACGAUGACGUGCUGCAGCUUUACGCCACCGAUAACGACCUUGAUUCUACCAGGAUGGGUAGCGCGGCUUCCAUCUUCGAGGAGUACGUGCCUCAACCCCUUAUCCAGAGGCCCCCCACCGCCGUGAGAUACCAACCUUCAAAAAUAAACGAGCCAGAAACCUCAAGUGCGAAAAAACCCGUAUGCGAGAAACAAAACGCGGAUUCUACUUCCAUACACAAGGAACCAGAACUCAAUGAUGCUUCGAAUGAAACGCCUGAGACAAUAAGUGGAACUGGCCUGGCUCAGACACCCAUAAAUAAGUCGACGGCUGCAAAUAAAAGACCACCACCACCACCGCUUACUAUCUCAUAUUACCCGUUCCGUUCUCGCGAUAGAAGCGCAACGCUAAGUGGAGUCUGCUUCUUAAAUCUGUCCUCAAUGUGUAACAGACAAGAUCCGUUUCACCUAACUCAUAUCCCUCACCGUUUCAUUGAAGAAGACGAGUUUAGGAUGCGAAUUGCCCAACUUAGCGAAUCACAGUUCAUCCAAGAGUAUAAUCAUAUUGCGAGGUGGGCAAUAUUGAGAAAGAAAUACGUAAUAUGCUUCAUCGACGAGUGCCAAAGACGAGAGUUGCCUAAAAUCCUAGUUGAAAUAGUUAUAGAUUUUCUUUUCAGAACCCCUCCAAAUAUAGUAGAACAUAAAGAUCUCAGAGUUCAAGUAAUUGAACACGCUUUGAUGCACCUUAACAAUUGGAACUUGAUGGUUUGUGAACAGUUGCUCGAAUAUAAUUUGGGAGAUGAAGUCCUGUGUGAUGUGUUCUUAAAAAUAAUAGCAAAUACACAAAAUUUUUCACGAUUCAAGAAAGUGUUCGUAAAUCUGAUAGAUUUCAUGGUACGUGCGAAUCGGACGUUUGAAUUUGAUGUGGCAUUUCAUAUCCUGGAGAGAGUGUGCAUUCUGCCUUUUGACGUCUCAUUGGCAAUGAGUCUGAUAUCGAUUCUAGCAAAGACUGAUAGGGAGAUCUUCAAGAACAGUUUGACUAAUAGGUUCGAGUUGUCGCUGGAAACUUAUAACAAGGAGUUAUAUAAUAGGUAUUUGUCAAUCAAAAUGGAGGGUGUAUCAAGUGUGAGGUUGAAGUCAGCCAGUGAGCCUGGUGCGUCCUUGCCGCCCUCUUUGCCAUCCCCAUGUGGCAGUCGGGGCAGUCGGGAGCUGGAACCGCCGAUUUUCAACCCGAAUAGCGCACAAGACUCUGAGCAGAGAUACACCUCUCCGGACACUACGAAUGUGGAUAAUGUGAACAAACUCGUCACGGAGCCAACCAUAAUACGGACUUUUAAUCACCUGGAUAGGAGACCUCCCAACAUGGGCAUGUGCAUGCCGAGGCCGCCGCCACCGCGCCCGCUCCCGCCGCGUCCGCAGUACCGCAAAUGGAAUGAGUGCAGUAUCAUGGCGCGGAUUCCGAGGAUGCCUUACAUGAGGCUGCCGAGGCCUGUGAAGAGGCCUACGGCUCGACCUGGACACCCAUCGUCUAAAUUCCAACGAAGAUAUGGGCCGGAUUUUAAAUUUAACUAAUAGAUUUCUAAGAGGUAAAUUGUCUAAGGUCAGUAAGUUUAAAUCGUUACUUUAUUAUAAAAUUUACUCGUAAGUUAAGUAACUAGUAGUUUUUGAAUUGUUGGUCCUGAAUAAAGCAUAUUUUAUUCGUUCACUUGUUGUAAAAAAUGUUUUAUGUGUGAGUGCGAGUAAAACUCGUGGAAUUAGGAUACUAAUAAAUGAAUAUUACCGUACCUACUAUUGACAUUGGAUAUGUUUAAAAUUUACUGGCAAAAAUUUACCCCCUUAGUCAUAAACACUACAAACCCCAAUUAGUUAAUAUAAGUAAGUAAGUAAGUAAAUAUUCUUUACAGUACAUAUGGGGCUACUUUAUAGCACUAGUGCGAAAAGUAGCAUAUUACGUUACUGUGUCGAACAUUUAAAGGGCCAUAUGUACUGUAAAACGUUGUACGAUACAUGUGCGAAUAGGUAAUUCGCAACUCGUGUCGAUUUAAAACACUCCCUUCGGUCGUGUUUUAAUUUAUCGCCACUCGUUUCGAAUUUCCUAUUUUUCGCACUUGUAUCGUAAUGUACUAUUAUCGCUUUCUUACAAAUGUAUAAGCUCAAAUGACAGAUGAUACGAUGAUAUGCUAAUUGAGGCUGUAAGUGCGAUAAUGAAUAAGAGGGUGAACCUUUUUAUAAAUACCAAACUAAAAAAGUUUUGAUGGUUUAAGUAAAUUAAUCUGUGAAUUAUUAGCCUUAUUAAAGAGACUUGCGUAAAAAAAUUGUAAUAAAGUUGUUAUAAAACUAUAAAUAAGGGUAGCCUGACGUGUAUAGAAUGCGAUUCGAAUAGUAUUUUAUCUUAAAAACUAUAUGUAUCCAAAUUAACAAAUUAGAUACAUAUCGUUUCCUAGUCCUAAAUCAAAAAGAGGUAAUCGAUUAAAAAUUGAAAGAACAGUUGAUAUUCACUGUACAGUAGGUACUUCCGGAACAAAUUACACAAACAUAUAUAUUUUAAUACGAGACGAGUUUAAAAGAUAUUAUUAUUAUUUAAUAAAAGCAAAGAAAAUUUUAAAUAGAAGUGGAUUGUCAAAGAAAACUUUGUAGCCAGAGUAAAUUUACUGCCAUCUUUCGACACAUGAUUAAAACUUUUAGAACGCCAUUUGACUUUGAUCCUUAACCUUUCACUGAUAUGUGUUUAAUAAUGAGGAUUAAAGUCAAAUGGCGGUCUGAAAGUUUUAAUCAUGUGUCUAAAGAUGGCAGUAAAUUCACUGCGGCUACUAAAUUUUCUUUGACAAUCCAUCUCUCUAUUUCAAAUUCUCUUUGAUAAAAGUACUGGUUACCGAACUAAUUUGCCGAAGUAAAAUUCAAUAAACGGCCUCGUCAUAUUUAAUUCAAGUAAGUAUAUAGUUGCCAGUACCAAAAAAAAAUCAAGCUGUAACCUGUUUAGCAUCAAAUGAAUCCGCAACAAGAUAGGACGAGUUUAAUAUACAAGAUGUAAAAAAAAUGGUGGGGACCCGUUUAAGGGCAUAUUUGAUAUCAUCUUCUGAUUACGAAAAAGUAGAAAAAAAAUUGACGCAAAAAUAUUUAGGUAUGCCUCUCUAUGGUCGUGGACAACCUGCCCCAUCAAAAAUAUUUUUUUACACGUCACAAAAUUUAUACUUUUUCUUAACACGAUAUAUGAAUAAUAAUAAAUAAAUAUUAUAGGGACAUUCUUACACAAAUAGACUAAAUCCAACGGUAAGCCAAGAAGGCUUGUGUUGUGGGUACUCAGACAACGAUAUACUAAUAUAAUAAACAAAUACUUAAAUACAUAGAAAACAUCCAUGACUCAGGAACAAACAUCUGUGCUCAUCACGCAAAUAAAUGCACUUGCCGGGAUUCGAACCCAAAACCGAAACCAGACCGGUCGUCGGUCGUGAAUAUACCCUUAAACGGAUCCCCAGUAUUUUUGUUACACUUUGUACAUCCCUUUAAAACCUGUCUGUCUGUCUGUAAUCUCUUCUCGCUUACACCGCUAAACCGAACCGAUUUAGAUUAAAUUUGGUAUGGAGAUUGUUUGAGCUCCGAGCAAGGCAAGGACAUAGGAUAGUUUUUAUCUAUCAUCAUUAUCAUACCACGCAGACGAAGUCGUGGGGAGAUGUAUAUUUUGGCCUAGGACAUAUAUUGGUCUAAGAUCCGGUAUAAGAAAUAUAAUUAUACCCUCAUCUGUUAUUAAUUAGUAGUCAUCGGAGUUUUUAACGCACCGUAACAUUAAUAGGGAGCUAUGGAGUCGACAUUAACAAUAAAAUCCAACUCAUAUUUAUACUCAUUCAUCUAUUUAAUUACUGAUAUUUAUUUUAUAAACAACCCUUAAUUUUGUCUUUGAAUAUAUAAAUAUGAUAUACAAAAAAUGGUCAUUAUCCUUAUUUGUAAUGUUUAUGUCCUGAAACAGAAAAUUAAAGGAUCGUUUACGAACUCGUUAACAUUCUUGUUCUUGAUUAUAAAAUUAAAAUUAAUGAAAUAGGUGAAUGAUUAUGAAUAUGAGUUACAUUUUAUUGCUAACCAUAGCUCCCUAGUCUUACUAUGCAAUAAAAACUCCGAUACCUAUUUAUUUGUGACAAGGAAUAAAUGAGAGGUAAUAUUCACAUUCACACAUUGCACAUAGGAUGCACAGUCAGUAUUCAUUAAAAAUAAGUAGAUUUAUGUCAAUCGUAUGCCAUAUCAAAUAGUAGCCUGCAGUAUUACAGUAAAUUACGAAUAAAAUAAGCUUUCAUUUGAUAUAACAUAUGAUUAAUCAUAUAAGCGGUGAUGGCCGAGUGGAUAUGACGUCCGACUUUCAAUCCGGAGGUCGUGGGUUCAAAUCCUGGCUCGUACCAAUGAGUUUUUCGGAACUUAUGUACGAAAUGUCAUUUUAUAUUUACCACUAGCUUUUCGGUGAAGGAAAGUGGGGACUAUAGCCCUAUAGCCCGAGCCCUCUUGCACAUGAGAGGAGGUCUGUGCCCAGCAGUGGGACGUAUAUAGGCUGAAUUAUUAUAUGAUUAAAUAACAGAUGAGGAUGUAUAUGUCUUAUAACGUAUCUCCCACUAUAUGGACAUGAACUUGCUAAGUUUGGAACUAGGGUAAAUAUGCCCUAAAAUCUUUAUGUAUUUUACUGUACAUCUGGAGCUACAUUACGACACACGUUACGUACACACAUACACGUGCAAAUUUCCGCACUUGUAUUGUAAAUAACUUAACUACCUCAUACUUAUUACUUUUUGGUAUUUCUCGGAACAUUUAGAACUAUCUUCCAUCAUAGAGAAAUAAGAAGUAAUAGGGUGCUUACUCCAUACAUCAGUUUUGGUACCAAAA